AAAAAGAGCUCAGACAUUACAAUGGAUACUUUCUAUCAGUGCAGUCUUGAGCUGUUGACCUGAGCUACCUUGUUGGAAUAGAGAUUGUAGCAUUCCUCAUGCACAGGAGAGCAGCACUUGAAGUGGGGUUUUUUUUUUUAAAAGGAGCAGUAUAUUUAAAAGCUGGCAUAACUUUAUUAUCAUUCCAGAUGUCAUUAAGUACAGUUAUAGCUCUUAAACCAACAAUUUUAUAAACUGUAACAUGGAUUUUCUAGGUCUUCUCUUAUUUAAAUGUUAAAUGCACAAAAAUUACAUUUGGAAAAACAUUGGGAAACAUUUAAGUGAAAAAUUUCAAGUAAAGCACCUAAGGAGUUGGAAGCUUUCAAAGCAUUUGCUGUUAAUGGGAGUUUUUAAUGAACAAGGACACAACAGGUAUAGAAUAGGUUAAUGGCACACACUUUUUUUUUUUUUAUCUCUGCACUGUUUUCCCUAAAGAGCUCUGGAAGGAAUGUGAUUUUAACAUUGGAGGGACUUUGGCACAAACCGGUUUGACCACUUUGUGGAUUGUAUUUCACAGUGGAAACUCAGAUUGUAUCAAGGAAAGCCCUACUUCCUACCUAUUGUGAGGGUGCACCUGUCUGUUGGUUUUCCCUUCACACUGAAGAGAUCUGCAAAAGAAGAAUAUGAAAUCAACAGCAAAAAUAUGGUUCCUGCUUAUCAUAAUUAUGUGCUUUAAUCAUAUAUGUGCCAUGGUAUGCCCGAAUGGACAGUUUGCUCUCAGCAGCCAGUGUGUGGAUUGCCAUUCGAGCUGUGAAGAAUGCAGUGGUUAUGAGCCUUAUGAAUGCAUUGAGUGUGGCAUAGAUCAAGAUGGAAUAGAGCGGUUUCUCCACCGCAGUCGCUGUAAGAUACAUUGUCCCAGAGGUUUCUACAAGGAGUAUGACACCUACACUUGUGAAACAUGCCCAAUAAACUGUGAGCUAUGCACUGACUCCAAUAACUGCCAGAAAUGCAAGAUCAACUACAGGUUGCUAAAUGGGGCAUGUUAUUUAACUCAGUGCCUGCCAGGGCAAGUAGAAGAUCCCGAGACAGGAGAAUGCCUUGACUGUGAAUCUGGCUGCAAAACCUGCACAGUAGAUGAUCCCGAAAUUUGCAUCAGCUGCUUAGAGGGCUAUUUUCUUUAUCGUCAUCAGUGUCGCAAACACUGCCCCCAAAAAACAUAUGAGGAUAUGAGCAGAAAACUGUGUUUUGCAUGUCCAUCAGGAUGCAUUGAUUGUAAGAAUGAUACACAUUGCUUCUCCUGCCAAGCUGGAUACUACUUACAUGGAAAUGUGUGUUUGCCUAAAUGUCCUGAUGGCACAUUUCAGGACUCUAAAAUAUGGCAAUGUGAAGAAUGCCAUGGAUCCUGCAGGUCCUGCCAUGGUCCAUCAGCAACAGAUUGUGACUUAUGUCCUGACCAGAAGAAACCAAUUUAUGGAAUGUGCCAUAUUCUAGCCUGUUCUGAUGGUCAUUAUUUUAAUGUUCCGGAUGGCAAAUGCUACAAAUGUCAUUCAUCUUGUCAAAGUUGCUUUGGUCCAGAGGAGUUGAACUGCUUGUCCUGUUACACUGGUCACUUCUUGAGCGAAAAAAACAAGUGUCAUGUGAACUGCCCGGAGGGAUUCUUUGGGGACUUGAGCAGCAAAACAUGUGUAAAAUGUUCUGCAACCUGUGAAAUCUGUAGAGGUUACAGUGAUGACUGCUUAAAAUGUAAGGGAGAUGAUGAGCACAGGUUAUUUCUCCAUAAAGGAAAUUGCCUUCCCAACUGCCCAGAAGGCUACUUUGAGAAUGCGGCUGGCUCAUGUGAAGCAUGUGACACAUCCUGCUGGGCUUGUGAUGAGAAUAAAAUGAAAUGCUUGUCAUGCGUGGAAGGCUUAUACCUUGAAAGCAGCAAGUGUAAGCCUAAUUGCUCUUUGAAGUAUUUUCCAGAUGAUGAUGGCAUCUGUAAACGCUGCCCGGCCCACUGCAAUUUCUGUAAGGAUGAAAACACCUGCUUGGAGUGCAGUUACUUGUAUUUUCUCUUCAAUGGCACCUGCAAGGCCACUUGCCCUGAUGGCUACUAUGAGGAUCUGGAUGCCGUAAGGUGCAUUCCCUGUCACUUUAGCUGCCAGACAUGCUCAGGAACAUCUGAAGAUGACUGCGAAACCUGCCUGGACUCUACCCAUAAAUUGUACCAAGGACGGUGUCUAACAGAUUGCACAGUUGGAACCUUCUUUAAUUCUGCCAUCAGUGAAUGUCAAGAUUGCCAUAAAACUUGCUCCAAGUGUUCUGGUCCCGAGCCAACAGACUGCAUCCAGUGCCAAAACAGCCUUUCAAUGGACCCAGAAAGUGGCAUGUGUGGGGUAGAAGGUGAUGCAAACUGCCCUCCGAAGACCUUCCUUCAAAAUGAUCUAUUCACAUGCAGCUCUUGUGAUCGCACAUGCAAAUCCUGCAAUGGACCAUCUCCCAAGCACUGUCUUACAUGCACUGUGCCUUUUUACUUACACAAAACCACCUGUGUUAGUCAGUGCCCCCCAGGUACUUACAACACAACUGAAGAAGCAGAUGGCAUGAAACUUGGCUUCUGUUCUCAGUGCCACCAAGUAUGUACAACGUGCCACGGAGGCUCUGCUAAGGAUUGUGACAUGUGUUCUUCUGGAUACUACAAACUUCUCCAUCUCUGCAUCCUGCACUGUCCCCCAGGGUAUUACAAAGAAAAUAACCAAUGUGAAAAGUGUGAUCCCCAUUGUCAGCUCUGUGGUGGACCUGGCUUGAAUGGCUGUCUAGCUUGUCCUUCCAAUACACUGCAGAUAGAAGGCACCACACACUGUGUAAAGCAGUGCCCUGAAAGGUUUUACUCAUACAAGGAUAGGUGCAGAAAAUGUCAUCCUAGCUGCAGAACAUGCAAUGAUUCAUCAGUUCAAGGUUGUCUGACUUGUGACAGAGGAAGUGACUUCAAAGCAGGAAUCUGCUAUCCCCGGUGUGAGGAGCAACGUUACCUUGACAGCGAUGGAGUUUGCCAGCUCUGUGAUGCCUCGUGCAGACACUGCUCUGGCCCCAGAGCCAAUCACUGCAUAUCCUGCAAGACGAACACUGCUUGGUCCCCCACGGAAAUGAAAUGCAUUAAAUGUUGUGAUUCUGAAAUGAACCAAGACGACUGCUGUUUUUGUGAUGUAAACUCAGUUCUGUGCAUAAGGCAUCUACAGGCUGAAGCAGAAGAAGAGUCCUUGAAGAACCUGAAUAACAAACUGCCUCACGUCAUCUCUCAUUAUGCUGCUAUAGCACCAGUUCUUGUUUUCUCUAUAGGGAUGGGGGCAGUUUUUGUAUUUUGUAUGAGACGUGCCAAAGCAAAGAGGAAACUCUGCUGGGAACACAGCUAUGAAAGGCUAGGAGGAAGCUUACAUGAUGCCACCUUUUAUGACUAUGAAGAUGAAAGAAUGGGUCUCAGAAAAGCCACUGGGGCAGAAGAAGACAGUUUAGAUGAAAGUGAUGUCAUAUAUAGCACCCAAGAUGGCACUGUGUAUAAAAAGUUUAGUUUUAAACCAAGCAGAGCAGGCAAAGAUAUGGAACAUGAUCAGGCAUGUAUAUAGGCAAAGUGCUAAUCUCUAUAUCUAGGGAGGAGGAUGUGACUCACGAGUUACUCAGUUCUACAGUGUGGGAUAUCCUGCUUCACAUUCAGAUCCUUUGUGCUUUGGCCGAGUGACUUUAUAUUCUGGUGCCCCAGUACAUUUAGUGCACCUAAAGAUGCCUGCUGUGACUGUGCUCAAGCACUGUUAGAUUUAUGCAUUUUUUUUCAUUUAUUUCUGUAGGUAAAAUGGUGCUCUGCAGAUGUACAGGGUUAUAUAUUACUGCAUAUUGCCUAAACAUAAUAUGUACAAUAUAAUGUAUACAUUCAGGUGAUGGGCACAGUAUGAGUUGAGUAUACUAUUUAGAAGGAAGAUAUUUUUGAAUUGCAGGUUGAAUAUUGUGCCAAAACACUGGCAAGGUCUCACAUAAUAUUUGUAUAGAGAGGGUUCAAUUGCUGACUGGCAAUCUAAAACACAAUUCAUUUCUACAGUCUAAAGAGAAUGGAGAAGUACAUUUUAUAAUGUAAUGCUCUGCAUUAAGGCAGACUCAUCAAUGAUGUACUAGCCAAAAACUCUCCAAAAGUUAAAAAGCAACAUCAUCACUCUGAAAAGAGAGGCUCCUAUGUUUUCCAAAUGAUAAUAAAAGGAAGAGUACAGGUGUCCAUUUUAAAUUAAAUAAUACAGGUUGGAAUAGGAAACAUUUCCCAAAAAUUCUAUAAGUCUCUAGCAAUGAGCCAGUGCUUUAAUCAAAGUGGCAAAACACUGACACAAGGAUAAACAAAUAGAAGAUUUCAUACAUUAUAAUGACAUAUUUAUACCAGAAGCACACAUGGAAAAAUACAGCUAGAAAAACCAAGUGAAAUAUGAAGCUUUUCAGUUUAUUUUGCCUCAUCUUUUGAAGAAAUAAGGGGUCAUUAAUGACUGCAAGUGCAUUUGCUGUCAUGAGUUUGCUGCAGUCAUAGAACAGAAAGAGCCAUUCUUUAAAGUUAUUUGUAUCCAAAGCUGCUCCUUGUUCUUCUCCAUAGUUGCACUCGGCACCUCUUUUUUCCCCAUGCCUCCUUUUAUGAAUUUAGCACAAAUGCAUCCAUUGAUGCAGGGGCAGUAGCUUCAGGGCUCCCACUGUGGCCUCCACCAAUAGAUGCAGCAAAUUGUGCCUAAAGUAUCACACACAUGUCACUUCGGAAGUUCUGCUAUCUGUACUCAGUUGCAUCUAAUUCCCGUUGAGACAUACAGUGCAAAAUUCCGGUGCAAAUUUAGACACAGUUUGCACAUUGCACUUGUGGGUCAUAAAUGAGCCCUGAAAUCUAUUUAUUAAGCUGAUCUAUUCAAAUGUGGAAUAAGCAUAGAGUAGUAGUUCUACAAGUUAAGGGUGAAGACACACAGAGCUACUAGUAGCAGCUACUUGUCACGGCUACUAAAAUAGACGAUGCUGAUCAAUUUACUGAUAAUUGUCUCUGUGUGUUUUAGCAGAGGCAAUUCUCAGUAUUGUCUAUGGCAGGGUAUUUUCUGGCGUUAAGUAGCUGUGACAAGUAACUGCUACUAGUAACUCUGUGUGUCUCCACCCUAAUAGGUACUCAUUGGAAGAACAGAAUACUAUCAGACAACUGAAAUGUGGAGCAGGUGAUGGGAAAAUGUGAAUGGUUGCACAGUUAAUAGAUGUCCAUUGCCAGGGGUCACUUAAUAAAUAUGUCAAUAAAUCCAAUAAUGCUGUGG